AACUGACUCUUGCUUUUGCUCUUGUUGAUUUUUAUGUUUACUCAACUCUCAUUCCAUUAAGUUGCCCUAAAAAAAAACUCUCAUUCCAUUUGCAAAGGAGAAAUAGCAACUUUGGAGUAAACGGAGCAACAGGUCUGAAGUUGAGAAUCACAGGAAGCUUGCAAAGGCCAUCAGAUCUGAAGCUCGUUUUGACAGGAAACCAUGGCUGAAGUUGUGGGUGGAGCUUUUCUCUCUUCUGCUCUUGCUGUUUUGUUUGAUAGGAUGGAUUCCCGUCCGGUUCUUGACUUCAUCCGAGGAAAGAAGACCACCGAGGGGCUGAUCCGGACGUUGAAGAUUAAGUUGUUGUUGGUUAAUAACUUUCUCGAUGAUGCAGAGGAGAAGCAACUCAGAAACUCUAGAGUCAGGGAAUGGCUUAAUGAGCUUAAAGAUGUUCUCUUUCAUGCCGAUGACCUGUUGGAUGACAUCAAGACUGAAGCUCUGCGUUGCAAGAUGGAACGAGAAGAUUGUGGAAGCAGCAGCAUAAAUCAGGUGUUAAGGAGACUCAAGUUUAGUUCUAUUUCCAUUCAUAAAUUUCACAGAAGUCUGGAAUCCAGGAUACGGUAUAUUCUUGAAAGACUACAAUCUGUUGUCGACGGAAAAGAUGUGCUUGAUUUGAAAGAAGGUAUUAAGGAGAGAUCACAAGGAAGACUGCCUACAACUUCUUUGGUAGAACAGUCUAGUAGUGUAUAUGGAAGGGAUGAAGAAAAGGAGGCCAUUAUCAAGUUAUUGUUAGCGGAUGGUAUGACUGGAAAUAACAUAGAUGUGCUUCCAAUUGUGGCCAUGGGUGGGCUUGGAAAGACCACCCUUGCUCAACUCGUAUACAACGAUGGCAGAGUCGAGCAACAUUUUGACCAUCGGUCAUGGUUUUGUGUUUCUGAAGGAUUUGAUGUUAUCAAAAUAACACAGACAAUUUACGGGGCGGCCACUUCACAACCUUGUAACAUCACAGAUCUAAACACGCUUCAAGUUGAAUUAAAGAAGACGUUGACAGGGAAGAAAUUUCUCUUUGUUCUUGAUGAUGUUUGGACUGUGACUAGUGAGCAGUGGAGUCUCUUAAGCCUACCCUUUGAGAGUGGAGGUCAUGGAAGUAAGAUCAUUGUCACAACACGUGAUGAACGUGUCGCAGACCAGAUGGAUAAAGGUGCUGCAUGCAGGAUGGGUACCCUUCCAAGUAAACAUCUAGUGCAACUAUCUGAGGAAAACUGCUGGUUGUUGUUCUCAAAACAUGCCUUCAAGAAUGCAGGUGUUACUGCAGAUCCAUCGCUUGAAGUGAUUGGAAGACAGAUUGCUAGAAAGUGUAAAGGACUCCCCUUAGCUGCAAAAUCACUUGGGGGUCUUUUACGUUCUGAACCAAAUAUUGAGAAAUGGGAAGAAGUAUUGAACACUGACAUAUGGGAGUUGCUAGAUAAAAAGAAUGGCAUUUUGCCAGCUCUAUGGUUGAGCUACCAUUAUCUACCUCCGCAUCUGAAGCGUUGUUUUGCUUACUGUUCCAUAUUUCCUCAAGAUUAUGAGUUUCACAAACCGAAUCUGGUUUUGUUGUGGAUGGCUGAAGAUCUCUUACCGUCGAAUUCGAAGACUAGAUUUGAACAAGUUGGAGAGAACUACUUUGAUGAUCUAGUGUCAAGGUCGUUUUUUCAACAUGUACCGAAUCACUUUUCUGGUAAGGCAGUUUUCACAAUGCAUGACCUUAUCCAUGACUUAGCAAAGUUUGUCUCUGGAGAGUUUUGUGUUAGGUUGGAGGAAAGUGACUCAGUACUGGAAAAUGUCAAGAAGACUCGCCACUUUUCGUGUCGAACUGUCAGUUUUGAUCAAUGCCACAGUUUGUAUGAAGCCAAGCAUUUGAGGACCUUUAUAGUGUCACAUUUUCGCUACAUGAAAGAUUUUGAUAUAAUCCUGAAGCUUCGGUGUUUAAGAGUGCUCAAGUUACCGGGGUACCAUAAUCGUGAGCUGCCUAGUUCAAUUAGCAAGUUGAAGCAUCUGAGGCACUUUGACUUGUCUAACAUGUUAGUUAAAAAGUUACCUGAUGCAAUGUGUACUUUAUAUAAUUUACAGACGUUAUUGUUGCGGGAUUGUAGAUAUCUAGUUAAGUUGCCAACUGAUUUUGGAAGAUUAAUCAACUUGCGUCAUCUUGAUAUUAGAGAGACAAGGAUAAAAAAGAUGCCGCCAAGGAUGGGCAAAAUGAAAGAUCUCCAAACAUUGAGAGGUAAGUUUGUCCUAGAUAAAGAUACUGGUGAUAACAUUGUGGAGAUUAAAGAGCUUCAGCAGUUGCGCGGAACACUUUGUAUCUCGGGGCUUCGCAAUAUUGUGCGUGUCCCAGAUGCCAUUAUGAGAAAGAAGAAGCAUGUGGAUGAAUUAGUUUUGGAAUGGGGAGGCAAGUCUGAUGACACCGGCGAUAAACAAAAAGAGAGAGAUGUGCUGGAGAACCUCCAACCUCAUACAAACCUAAAAACACUCAAGAUUCGAUCUUAUGGGGGCACAAGAUUUCCAGGUUGGUUGGAAGAUCAUUCUAGUUUAUCUAAUCUGGUUCGUCUUCAACUUCUGGAUUGUGGAAAUUGUUUGUCGUUGCCAUCAGUUGAGCAGCUACCCUCCCUCCAAGAGCUUGAGAUUAAAGGAUUUAAUGGAGUGGUGACUGUGGGUUCUAAGCCUUUUCCUAAUCUUCGUAAGCUGAGUCUGGAAUCUUGUCCCGAGGUAACCGGGGCAUUCAUGUUAGCCUGCUUCCCAAAGCUUGAAAUACUUGAAUUGAAGCAUGUGAAUGUAGAAUCUCUUAAUUCCCCUUCACUCCUGUCCCUUGUCGAACUUGAAAUAAUUUCAUGCCCAAAGUUUGUUUGUUUUCCCGAUGGAGGGCUGGAUGCGCCCAACUUGCAGAUCAUUAAGGUCGGAAAAUGUCCGAAACUGAGGUCAUUGCCGCAACACAUGCACAACCUUCUCCCAUCUCUUAGGCUGUUGUUCGUAGAUGAUUGUCCAGAAUUGGAAUCAUUUCCCGAAGGGGGAUUGCCGUCUAAGUUGGAAUUCUUGUACAUCUGGCGUUGCAAGAAACUCCUCAUUGGAAACCGUAUGCAGUGGGGUCUACCAACACUCACCUCUCUCAAAUUCUUGAGAGUCGACUUUGAGGGAUGUGAACAAGUUGUAGAUUCAUUUCCAGACGAGGGGCUGCUGCCCACCACUCUCAGGCAACUCGGCAUCUACAGUAUUUCGAAGCUGGACGGCAAGGGGUUUACACAACUCACCUCUCUUAACGGGUUGAUAAUUCGCGAUUGCCCUGAACUCCGGUGCUUGCCAGAUGAGGGAUUGCCCACUUCUCUUACUUAUCUGUCCAUCCAUAAUUGUCCUUUACUAGAACAACGUUGCCAGAGAGAGACAGGGGAAGAUUGGCCCAAGAUUGCUCACAUCAAGACCUUUGAGAUCUAUAACAAACAGGGGAAGCUUAUAUGACCUGCAAUGGUUCUGAAUUAGUAGUGCUAUCACGUGAGUACAAGACUGUGGCCAGAGGAAUGGUUGCCAAUGUAUACAGGAUUUUGUUUUCUACAAAACGACGAAGGUAACAAAAGAGGAUGUGUGAAAAGUUUCCUUGUAAUGCUCGAUUCAUCCAUGGCUACACAUUUGUCAAGUUCCAUGGAUUUCAGGGUGCUCUACAUUAUGUCUUUAUUGUGGACCAAUCAGAGCGUUUGCAUAUAUGAACUUAUGAAGUAUGCAAUUGCAGGUGGCUCUAGUACUUUUAGCACCAACUUCAUUGUUGCCUCGUGGUUCCCUAGUUUAUUCGGUUACUAUCCAGUUUGGAGCCUCUAAAUCAUCACUUAUUGAAAAGUUCUAGGUACAGUUCUGAGCUAAGCAUUCUCUAAGCAGAUCUUCUUUUCUGAAGUUUUCUUAGGAUUCCCUCCCCUCAUAAUUGGCAGGGCAAUGUUUGCUGCUGUAUAUAGGCUGUUGUUUUCUAAUAAAAGAAAACUGUCACAAACAGGAUGUGUACAAAGAAUUUCCUGUUGUGUAAAUAAUGCUAAGAAGUGACGCAGCAAAAUGAAUCCCAAGGAUGAUGGAGGGAUCCAUUCGGAAUGGAGAUGGAAUUCUAUGAGGAAGUGAAAAUGGAAUAUGCAAAAGAGAAAUUAGGUGACGAUUCUUAACAGAAGGCUGCUAUUAAGGCUUCCAAAAAAUCAAAGAAUUAAUCCUGAUGCUGCACAUUACGGGAAGCAAACUUUUGUGCUUGUUAAUUGAUUGCUGGCUUGCUGCAAGUAAAAUGGAUUCGUACUGUGCUGCAAUAUGCUUGUAGAAGAGAAGAACUGAAGCAGUAAUGAAUUUGUGAAACAAUGUCCAAAUCUUCAACUUUUUUCCUUUCAAUGAAUUUGCAUUUCAAUGUAAUCUUGAGACAAUGAGAGUAGAUUACUAGACAGUUUCAUGUUAUAAUCUUCAAUUCUUGCAUCAGAAGUUUGUCUCGAGACACUUUGGCAUAAACUUUCAGAGUUUCAAGUUUCAUAAACACUUAAACUAUUCAAACUUUACUUAUUUGAUCA